ACAGCUUCUGACCGUACAGUAUAAAUAUCCAUGUACGGAUCCACUCUUUGAAUAAAACGAUUUCGUUGAAGUCCGAAGGAGAAACUUCAGUCGUCUUUUCUGAGACUCCGGCGCCGUUUUGACAAGAACAACGCAAACUAUCGUCACAACUACAAGUGUGUUUGCCAUUUCCUGGUCCUGCUCUCGACCACACCCUGAUGGUUUCGAUGGAGAAACCAGAAGAACCAGUUUGUUUACUGGGUACCGAGGUAAAGAUGCCUCCCAAAAAGAAAACCACGGACAUCAGGUCCUCUUCUGACAAGGAAAGAGACGAUCCUGGAGGCGGCAGCUCGACCUGUGCAGAGAGAGCACAGACACGUGGAGCUACAGCCUCUCAGACUGUUACAGUUACGGGCUGUGGAGGAGGAGUGAAGCAGGAGAGCUGUGAUGAUUCUGUGGGUGGACCUUCAUGUUGUUUCCCUGAGCAGAUCCAUCACUGGCCACUGAAGGAGGACACCAUCAAACGCUACCAACCUUGGCCAGUGGCAGAGGACUCCAUGGACGUAGGUGUGAUCAUGCUGUUUUAUGGUCUUUACUACGGCGUCAUGGGCAGAGACUUUGCUGAAAUCUGUUCUGACUACAUGGCUUCUACGAUCGGGUACUAUAACAAGGGCGGCAUGCCCAGCAGGAGUCUGACCAACGACAUCUGUGCAGUGUGUGGUCAGAGGAUCCUGGUGGACGUGGAGGAGGAAGGAUUCAUAGAAGACACCUACCAGCUCUCCUGUGGACACAUAUUCCACGAGUUCUGCAUCCGCGGCUGGUGCAUCGUGGGUAAGAAGCAGACGUGCCCGUACUGCAACGAGAAGGUUGACCUGAAGAGGAUGCCUCUCAGCCUCUCUACAGCCUCUCAGACUGUUACAGUUACGGGCUGUGGAGGAGGAGUGAAGCAGGAGAGCUGUGAUGAUUCUGUGGGUGGACCUUCAUGUUGUUUCCCUGAGCAGAUCCAUCACUGGCCACUGAAGGAGGACACCAUCAAACGCUACCAACCUUGGCCAGUGGAAGGGGCAGCGAAAGCAAAGACUUUUAAGAUGAUGAUAAAGUAUAUGGAUGAAGCCAUUAGAACCCAGCUGCGUAAAGACAAUAAGAUUUUUUUUGUUGUAACACAUUUUCCUCGUACUCGUAAAGAGGACGGUGCGUCUCUGAUCAUAUCUCAGACAUCAGAAAUGAUUGAACAGAAACGAGACCAACCUCACAAAGAGGUAUAUCCAAAAGAAUAUUUCUCUGUCUUCUCCACUGACAUGAGAAGUAUCCAUUUUUUUCUCUCCAAAAUAAAUAAUCUUUUUAGAAGCAAAGCUGUAAAACAGUUUAAGUAUCUCCUUGUUUAUGGACAGAAGGGGAUGAUUGUGAUAGAAGUUCUGAAAAGAGAUGGUUGUUUCGUUGAUGACCUUGACGACUUCACUCUGUCUUACAAUAAGAAUCCAUCCUCCAUCACUUGCUGUAGACAAAGAGUCAACAAAAUAGAUCAGAUAGAAUUUAAGAUAUGUCUUCAGGUAAUUAAGAAAGAAAUUGGUGGAACAGGACAGGAAAGCUCAGGUGCCUCACGUAAUUUACAGCACGGCCAUGAAACAAGGCCAGUGGCAGAUGUAUUAAAGCAGAGUGGAGUCAGUGUGAAAAGAGCAGUGGAAAAGACAGGUAGCAUCGACACUGAGGAGAUUUAUAAUUUACCAGUUCCAGAUUUUAGGAAAUGGAAGGAGGAAAGAUUCUCUUUUGGAUCUUUUCAGGUAGAACCGACUCUGAAAAAAGAAAGAAAGAUCCAACAGUCUUUUAGUGAAGUUCACAGAGUCAGGAAGCUGCUAAAACUGGGCGAGUCAGUUUGUAAAAUCAUUGUUGGGGAUGUUUGUGAAGGAACAGGUUUUGUGCUGUUUGAUAACUUCAUCCUGACCAGCGCACAUUUAUUUAAAGAUCAUGUCAGAGACGAAGAGUUGCUGCGGGAUUUAGAGGUGUUGGCUCUAUUUGACUAUGAUGAUCCGGCUCCUGACACAAAUUACUAUUACUUCACGUGUGAGAAAACACUGAUUGCCUUUGAUGAAGUCCUCGACUACGCCAUACUUAAGUUAGACCCUAAUGUUCAGAAACCCAAUGAAAACACUAGAGAAGUAAAGGUACCAUCAGGGCUUCUGGAGAAAUUUGGUCCAGUGCCUCAGGAUGGUGAAAUCUGUAUUAUUGGGCAUCCAUCUGGAGAAGUGAAACAAAUGGAUCCUACAUGUAUCAUUGAGAAAGAGAAGAGGGAUAAGGCUGUCAAUGAUUAUUUACUACAGUACAAACACACACCGUUCUUAGACACAUUCAUAGAUCAAAUCAAAAAUCAAGGCAUAGAAAACAUAUUAAUGGGUGGAAAUGAUGCAGACAAGUUUGUGACCUACAAGGUCACCUUCAUGUAUCACGGCUCCUCUGGCUCCCCAGUGAUUGAUGCUUGUGGCCAAGUUAUUGGUUUGCACACUGGAGGAUAUACCUAUGGUUUUCAAGGGUAUGAAGAGAGUGUGAUAGAGUACGCCCGUCCUCUGCUUACUAUAUUCAGAAAGUUUGUGAGUGAUCUGAUGGAAAAGGGAAAUGUGCAACUGUUGGAGAGUAUUAGGGAGAUAGCAGAGAAAAACCAACACCUGCAAGAGAUACUCUACCAAACAGGUCCUCAGCCAAUGGAGGUCAAUUAGGUAUUCAUAGGUUCUGUAGGAGGAACUUAUUUUUUGUCUAUGUUCCUGUUCCACCUGGUAUACCACCUGUCACUCAUGUUUUCUUUCUUCUUACUGGCUUACUAUGUGUCAGUUUCCCCACUGGAGCUCUGUCUUAGUCACUGUCUUAGACAUUUCCCUUUUCCAAACCUCAUACAGUGACAUUUGAUUCUUUUGUUGUACUGUCAUUGAUCUGUGAUUGUCAUUGGUUUCUGAACUCUGUGUGGACAUUUUGAACAUCUGGAUUUUGUUUAUCUCUUGACAGCGCCUUUUUGGACUCUUGUUUAGUUUCUUUGGUUCUGUUAGUACUUCCUGUUGUUUUUCUUUAAUCAAGUUACUCUUGUUUGGGGUUUUUGAGUUGUGUAUUUCCUGUUUUAUUUUCCUGAACUAUGCCUGUUAUUUUGAGUUUAAAUAAAGCAUAUGAAAAUCCA